AUGGUCUGGGUCAACAUCAUCACCUCUACUACGGUCAACAUUACUAAUGCUGACCACAAAGACCGGAUCAGUCUGGACAGAACCACUGGCUCUCUGGAGUUGUGGAAUCUGGGCCUGAGGGACCAAGGGGAAUACAGAGUCAGCAUCAUACCAGACAGGGCUCUGGAGUUACAAGGAGCUACCACUCUGGAUGUCUAUGUGUUGCUAUCUGCUGCCUCCAUCACCAGUACCCCAGCCACCCUGAUAGCUGGCAUAAGCUCCACCAACCUGACUUGUGAGGCUGCUGGCAACAUCAGCUCCAUACAGUGGAUCAAAGAUGGCCUCCCUCUGUCUCCCAGCAACAAUAUCACCUUCUCUUCAGACAACAGGACAGUCUAUCUCAGUCCUGUUCAGGACAUUGACAAUGGAGAAUAUGAGUGUUUAGUCAGCAACCCUGUCAGCAACCGGACAGCAUCCCACAACCUGACCGUCAACUCAGCAUCAACAGGAUACAGGCUAACUCUGAGCUGUUCGGCUGACUCUAUCGCUCCUGCUACAUUCACCUGGAUAUUCAACAGGACAGAGACAGGUGUUAACAACACUCUAUACGCCAAAGAGAGGAUGGAGGCGCUACACAUUGGGAACUACACCUGCACUGCCACCAAUAACAUCACCGGACUGAAAGACUCUGUGGUCUACAAGCUGAGAGGCUCCGGACUGGAGGGCGACGCCGGAGGGUCCGGAUUGGAGGGUGUCGCUGGAGGGUCCGGACUGGAGGGCGACGCUGGCACCACCCGUUCUGGCUGGAUGCCCACUUCCUCCCGGCAAAUGCGGGAUGCUGGCACCGAGCACACCAACCUGUGA